GGGGGCACGCAUCUUGGCGGAUGGCCAGCGAAAAGAAACUCGUGUUCUCGCUGGCCGGCGGAGACCAAAUGCCAACACGCUUCUGAGGCCCCCGAGAGAGCGAGAGCGAGGUGGGGCGAGCAGCGAAGCCAAAAGAAAAAGGAAAGACGAGAGAGAGGAGCCGACAAGGGUAGCUCGUCUUCUCUCCUUCCUUCCUCAACUCCAAGCGGGAGAGAGAUAGGGGGGGGGGAAGGCGCACCGAUUUCCCCCUUCCUUCCUUGGAUUUCCCUGACCCCUCUCUUUUAACAGGAGAGCAAGCAUUAGGGUUUGGGGAUUACUUUGGAGAGGUGCCGAGAUGGGGAAUAUAUUCGUGAAGAAACCCAAGAUCACGGACGUGGAUCGCGCCAUCCUCUCCCUCAAGACCCAACGCCACAAGCUCGCUCGAUACCAGCAGCAGCUUGAUGCUGUUAUUGAAGCUGAGAAGCAAGCUGCAAGGGACCUGAUUCGAGAGAGGAGGAAAGACAGGGCCCUCCUUGCACUAAAGAAGAAGAAAGCUCAGGAAGAAUUAUUGAAGCAAGUUGAUGCUUGGUUAAUUAAUGUUGAGCAACAAUUGGCAGAUAUUGAACUGACAAGUAGACAGAAAGCUGUAUUUGAAAGCUUGAAGGCAGGCAAUAAUGCCAUUAAAGCUAUACAAAGUGAGAUCAAUCUGGAAGAUGUUCACAAGUUGAUGGAUGAUACAGAAGAGGCAAAGGCUUAUCAAGAUGAAAUAAAUGCAAUCCUAGGCGAGCGGUUAUCUGCUGAGGAUGAGGAAGAUGUUUUAGCAGAAUUUGAGAACUUGGAAAGUGAGAUCACACUGCAGUCUUUGCCAGCAGUUCCUGCUUCAUCGGUACCAUCCACAGAAGUAGCUAGAGAGACACCUAAAGUGCAGCCAGAAGCAGGACUCCAAGUUGAAGGCAAAGAAGAUGAGGUUCUUGAGCUUCCUGAUGUGCCUACCACAACCCCAGUCCCAGUGGCAUUUUUGGAGGAACCACUACCUGCUUGAAUGACAGAUUGCAUUUGGAACGGAUCAACACUUCAACUGCUUGCUUCAUGUGGUGAUAUCUGGAUUGUACAGUGUGUAAAAAUGAUAUCUUUGUUCUUUUUCAGCUGAGUAACUUUUAUCCUUCCAUCUCAAAGUCUGAAGUGUAUCUUUCUCCUUGGACUUCUAUUUGCUUUUUUCGUUUUUGUGGCUGCAUAAAGAAUUACAUCAGAUGUACAAUUAUAAAAAAUAUAGCAGGCGUAUCUGAGCAUGACUUUACCUCUUGGAAGUUUGGUCUGCUGCUGCUUGUUGGUAGCAUUUAUGAUUAUCAAGAUGUUUCAGUCCA